UCUUCCAGUACCCAAAGGCUUGAUAAAUUGUAUAAGCCGAGAGCUGUAAUUUUAGGGCCUCUGAAGUUCAGUCUUCUUAUGGUUCCAAACUAGAAAUGGAUAGUCACAACACCGAUGAAGAUGGAGAAACACAAAUACAAUUUGCAGGAAAAUUACUGUCCACCUGCCUCUGCAUUGUUUCUGCCCUUAGCCGAUUUUGGUGACUGCCAGUUCAUGUGUGCUCUACGAGUGCUAUGUGUGUAUUUUAAUUGUUGGAAAAUCUAGAGAAAAACUAGGGUGAUGGGAUAGGGUUAAAGGCUAAAAUGCUCAGACAGCCAACGUGGUUGCCUAGGAAAAUUAGAAGGGGCCACAGGGAUUGUGCUGUUUUUAUUUUCCACACUUGCUCAUAUUUUUCAUUGCUAUUACCCUGAACAUCAAAAACCAAAUCCCUCAGCACAGGACAGUAGAACGGUCCAGUUGAUUUUCAAAUACCAUGGACUGAAGGUGUUUGGGCCGGGCUUGUACUGUGCUUGGUACUAAGAAAUGGGGCUGUUGAACAAGAUAAGUUCCCUUUCCUUUUAAAGUUUAUUUGCUAGACUGGAGUCAUCCAGACACUGGGAUUCCAGCCAUCAUUGUUUGGCAUUAAGGCUCCAUCUUAACAGAAAAUGAUCCUUGGGGGCGGUAAGGGGCUGGGAUCUCAGUUCCUCCUCUCAGUUUCCCGAGAACAGGGUUUUAAGAAGACCCAACGAUGUUACUUGGGUUGGUUUCGCCUUAAGUGUAGUCUCCUUCCCUGCCUCCAGCCACAACAAGCCUAGACCUAAGAAUGCUUUCAGUGUGCUGGGUCGGUUAUGGGGUGGGGCAGAGGGCUGUGCUUAAGCGCCCAAAGAAGACUUGUUGGAGAUGUCAAGGCCAGGGGGCAGCAUCGGCAAGGAAGCUGGGGACCCAGAGCUUUUGAUUCCCUAAUUUCUCCUUGAAUCUGGCUUUUAGAAAAAUAUGCAAAACAACAUAAAAGUGGGAGAGAUCGAUGGAAAAACAAAUCUCUUACGGGACGCUGGCUCCAACUCAUCGAUACCUGCUGUCGGGAGCCACUGAGGUCCUUCCCGGGGGAGGGGAAGAGCGACCCCGGCCACUGCUAGCGCCUGCGCACUGGCGACGACCUGCGGGCGGAAGCACCGGGAUCUAGACACUUUCGCACUCCGUGAGAACGGCCCGAUUAAAUAUUUCUGUAUUCUGUUGCUGCUGAACCUAUGCCGCGGUGAAAACCCCCGAAUCCCCGAGUGUUGGGAUUGUUUGUUAGCUGUCUCUCCGCUCCGCAGGCACCGCCCAAGACAGCCCCCAGUGAGCGUUGCGAAAGCUCGGGGUCCUGGGUUUCUAUGACAACACGCAGGCGUUCCGGGAAAGGGCGAAGCGAUCAGAUGUCUGGCGGGAAACACAAUUCACAGGACAGUGUGGCAAACCUGCCAAAUCCCAGGACGCUGAGGAUUUGUUUCUAAGUUAGCUUUUUGGAGGGACGUUCCAAAUUACUAAAGAAAGUGGUAGGAGGCAUUGUUGAUUAUGUCUCUUCCAAAAACGCCCUCCACAUUGCUAACCUCCGUGUCAACGGCAGAGGGCAAAAAAUUAAAAGUCUCUGCAUCCAAGGAAGAGACAGGACUGCCUGAACUAACGGAGAAAAAAACUAUGGUGGAUCGUUCAAAACCCCUUCCUUCAUCCCUUCAGAAUGAGUUCAUCCCUGAGGAAGUUCUUCUUUCUCUGGCCUCUGCAGCCAAUGCUGGUCCUUGUCCUGAAAACUUACUGCCUCCUAAGAAGACUAAAACCCCAAAGGGCACUCUUCCGCGUCCGACUGACCAAGUCUGGCAUCACCCUGUUCGAAGAACUAAGUUCAAGUACCUGAUUGACCAUCCUGUUUCCCUAACGGGUGCUGGAAGGGAUAUUUCUUUUCUGUAUGAUGUUAAAUAUGUUAAAGGAGAGACUAGGGAGAGUUCGCUUUGUCCCCCACGUUUGGACCGUUCGUUACAGUCAAAUGAUGGUGUCAUUGUGCCUCAUAAGCCAAAGAAACUAACAGACACUUUGAUUCCUGAAGAAUUUCAUAUUGUGUCAAAUACAGGAGUUUCAGGUUUGGAGUGUUAUGAUGACAAAUAUACUACUCUCCUCACAGAUAAUGAAAACAGGCUAUUGCUCUUCCCAUCCAUGAAACCUAAUAAAAGAGUAGAAGUGGUCCAACUGAAUGAUGUGAUGGACGCCAUGCUAGAGAGGGCUGGUGUGGAGAAUCAGGAAUAUACAGCGCCAACCAAGAUGCACAAACUACUGCAUAUGCUGAAGAAGGAACAGACUAUUUACAAUACAGUAUUUCAUGAACUUAUUCGACAAGUCAGUGUGGACUGUGCAGAUAGAGGAGAACUACUGUCCAAAAUCAGAGAGCGGUAUGUACAAAUGCUUGACCAAAUUGCCCAGCAGAUGAUUGACUUCUACAAAGACAUGGUAACUCAGCGAAUAAUGGACCAGCGCAUUUUGGAAGAAUUGUACAAUUUUAAGAAUGUUACUGAAGAACUGACCAGGGAGCUGUGUCUGGUUCGGGCGCAUGAUAUGAAAUUAACAAAGGAAGCAGAGAAGGCCCACAGGGAUUUGGCACAAGCUCUCUUAGAUGCUGAAAAGAAUGCUAAGAUUGUAGAAGAAUACCAUGACUUAUACACAUUGCAAAGAGGAAGGAUGGAGUGUGAUAUUAAACAGUUAAUGUCAGAAAGAGAUGUCUGGAGCUCAGCCACAUAUGAAUUGGCCCUAAAGGUAAUUGAAAGAAAUAGAGUUGUGUUGGCUAAAAGACUUUACCUCAAUGAAAAAGGCUGGAAUAAAUAUGCUAAGCAUUUCAUCAUACUGCUGUCAGCCAAGGACACUGCAGACCUUGCACUGUUGCAGAAAUUGACACAGAAAUGGAGAAACUUAAUGAAUAAAUUUAAAAACGAAGUGGAACAAAAUGAAGAAUCUAUAAGGGAGAGAUUGCAAAUUGUUAAGGAUGGCCUUACCAAGUGGCAGCAGUUUUUCAGAAAUAAUAGUGAAAAAGACAUUUUAUCUCCUGAUAAAGAAAAUAUAUUUGAAUCAGUUAUUCCAGAUUUCAAGCAGUGGCAAAAGAUGCUGAAUGAAGAUAAAGAAAAGUUUACUGGAGAUUGUCUGGUGUCAAAAUAUGAUUCUCUCAAGAUUAUUAAACAUUUACAGGAAAACUGGACAGAUACUGGGUUUGGGAUAUUUGGUCGCCAUAAAAGUAUGGAGGGGGAGCUGCCACCAGAGCAACAGCACAUGAAGGAAAUUGUGAAAACCAUUGGAAGACUCUACAAAGAAUUUGAAAUAAGAAUAAAUGGGGAUAAUGGUAUCUCUAAAAUUCUUUCAAGUUUGAUUAGUUCUCUUGAAUUCUGUUCUUUCAAGAUGGAAAGUGUCCUGGAGUUUCCUGAAAUGCAUCUUAAAGAAUACGAGGAACUUAAUGAAAAAAUUAAUGAAAUAAUAUCUCAGUUGGAUGCCUCAUUAAACAUUGUUGGUACCAUCCCUCCGUAUAUAGACACGGAUUCUGGCUCGGUGCUUCAAGCACAAAUAUUUAACAUGAUUCAACAAUGGCUUUUGAAGAUAGGCAAUGAGAUUAACAAUGGUAACAUUGAACUUCAGCACCAGAUGGAUGAGUUGCAUAUAUCUAUGAUCCAGUGGAUGGUAAGCUUGCUGAUUUUAAUGGUGCCUGACUUUACUGACCAAGACACUCUCCCAAAGUUGGAAAAGGAAAGUGCUGAGAAACGUGAUGUAAGAGUUGCACAGUUAGAGCUGGACGCAAUCGCACUGGCCAGAAAGUUGUCGCAAUACUCCAGCUAUUUGAACAGUUGUUGCAAAGGGAUGGUAACAGCUAUGGCUCUGAAUAAAGCAGGUCAUUUAGAAAAAAAUCCUACUAAGGAUCUUCAUGAACUGAAUGAGAUGAAGAGAGAAUGUCAUGAGUGGAUCACCACAUGUUCUCACCUCCUUUCUGGGCUUAAAGGCAGAAUAAUAAAGUUACUGACACCGGAAGAAAAGGAGUACCUGUUUGGAGAAGAGGAUUUUGUAAAAGAAUUAAUUGAGCCUGAAACAGACAGGCUUUUUAGAGAAGAUGAAGGAGAAAGUAUGGAGGAUAAGAAACUUGAGAAGGAAAAGGAAGAAGAGAAAGAAGAGAAGCCUUCAACAUCCAGAGAAGAGGAAAGACUCAUUCGAAUAAUUGAAAAAGAUGAAAACGUUCAUACCAAACCUCUAUUUGAAACCGAUGUAUUCUCUUCCUGGAGAGAAUCAGCUAGUCAAGGUACACUGGCCCCAAAGUAUCUUGAAGCAAUGGCUAUAAUUGAACGCACACAGGAGAAGCUGAUAGAAUUUGAAAGCAGAGCCAGACAAGCAGAGGAGAAGUUUGAGGAGGUAAAUGAGAAACUUCAUCAUACCCUCAUAAGAAAUAAAGAACUAGAGAGGGAAGUAGAGGAUAUUUUGAUAAAGUCUCAAGAGAGGGAGGCUGAAAGACGAAGAGAAGAAGAAAAUGAAAGGGGAAGAGAAGAAGAAGAAAAAGAAGAAGAGGAAGAAGAAGAAGGAAACAAGGCAGUAGAAUGUUCCUCAAAGUCUCUAAAGAAAGAAGCGCAGCGCAAGGAGGGUCUUCUCAACCCUAAGUCCAGGACCCGGACUAAACCCAACCAUAAGACCAAACCCAAGUAACACCCUCAGGGUGCUGGGCUUCAGCAUGACUGCCCUCACCGAUACCCGUGUGCUACCGAGCUGACAGCGUGGCUCGAUCCGAGGGACUUCCUGCGUGACAGCUACUGCAAAGGCCGCGAAUAUUUUGUUUUUACAAGUCGCAGCAGUGGCUGGAGGGAAUAAGUGCAUUAGCUUAUUUCCCAGAUUAAAAAUAGCUUGUGCAAAAGUU